AUUUCCUCUCUCUUCAACUUCGGCGACAAUGGCGUUGAACGCCAGCGUCUCUGACAAACAAUCUGAUGGCCACCACUUCGGAGAACUUAUCAAGAACGCAGGCAUCUAUGGCGUCUCACCUUGGAGAAGAUAUCAAGAAAAGCUUCCUUGAAGUUUUGGGAUCUGCGAAUCAACCGGAAAUGUUUCCAUCCAAGCAGAUCGAAAAAUUCAAAGGAUUUCCAGCGAUUUCCUUCACCCCAAAUGAGGUAAAAUCACUCUCUGCCCCUUAUGAAUACGCCUUGGUUGGUCGUUUCAACAAAUCUAGACCCCCUCUCCAUAUCAUCCGCUCCUGCUUGGAAAGAAUUGGUUUCAAAGUGAAUAUUAAAAUUGGUCUGCUUUCUCAAUCAAUUUUGUUUUUGAAUUUCAAAUGCCCAGUUGAUUAUCAACGUUGUUUCUCUAAAGGGGUUUGGAAAAUCAAUGGGUCAUCGAUGAUUGUGUCCAAAUGGAGCCCUGUUUUUCAUGUGGACAUUGAGAGUCCCAUCUUUCUGAUAUGGACUUCUUUACCUCAUCUUCCUGUCCAUCUUCAAGAGGCUAGGGCUCUUUACAGUAUUGCAAAAUGCCUGGGUAACCCGAUUAUGAUGGACUCCUCUACUUCUGCAAAAAUCAGACCGUCUGUGGCUCGUUUUUGUGUUGAAAUGGAUAUUACACAAGAACAACCAAAGAAGAUAUGGAUUGAUAAUGGAGGCCAUGGUUUCUUCCAACCAGUGAGCUACGAGGACAUCCCAAAGUAUUGUAGGGAUUGCCAAAAAUCAGGGCACAUUGCCGGAAAAUGCAACACUGCAGAUGAUGUUUUUCCUAAGAAAGAUGUUGCAACCUCAACCAAAGCCAAUAACAAGGAUCCGAAAUCAAGCAGGGACAUAGGACGUCCCAUUGUGAAGGACACAAAUACUACUGUCCAAAAUUCUAAAGCUGAUGAAGAUGUACUGGUGACACCCCUUGAACAACAGGAAAUAGCCAAAGAGGAUAUGGCAGGGUGUGGGUCAGCGGUAGGAGGCACCACACCAACAACUAGAGGCCAUGACACAUCUGUCCAAAGCUCCAAGAACCGAUUUGCCACCAUUGAAAAGACUCCAAGUCAUGAGGGAUCAAGUUCAAUACAGCCUACUGCCCAGUUAGAGGUGGAAGAGACUAAAGUUAGGACUCAACAUGAAAUCGUUGAGAUCAAAGAUGCAGUUACUAUGGUAGCUGAUGCAAUUGAAAUCCAGAAUGGGUGUUCUACUCCCAAUAAGGCAGCUAAAAUAUCACUUGACCCUGUGACUGCGAUUGAGGCGAAAACAGCAACCAGACAUACCUACAAGGAAACUAUCAUCAAGGUUGAUGGUCAAUUAUUCAUCAUCGAGGUCAAGGAACAGGAUGACUUUGAAUCAAUGGCAAAACCUUUGGAGGUUACUAAAGAUGCAACUUCAGCAGGUUCUAAAGAUGAAGAACCCCAAGAGUUUGUUGCAAAUGACACAUUUGACGUAAGCCAGGAUAAUGAGGAGACAGGGAACCAAACAGAACAAGAAUUUGAUUUUGAAGAAUAUCAACGGAGGUGGACCAUCAAUGGAUGCAUCAUCACUUUUUGUAAAUGGACGCCGGAGCAUGAGCCAACAGUGGACUCACCCUACUUCCCAAUCUGGGUCGAAUUGGGGAAUUUCCCCAUUCACCUCAAUGAUCACAAAGCUAUCUUCUCAGUAGCCUCUGCCCUUGGGAAGCCAAUCAAAUUGGAUGCAAACUCUGUCAUUGGGGUUAAACCUGAUCGGAUUAGGGUUUGUGUGGAAAGGGACUUAUCCAUCCCCUUCCCUCCUCAUAUCCAUCUCAGAUUGGGAGCUAAAGAUCGUUGGCUACCAUGUAAAUUUGAAAAUCCCCCCCUCUACUGCAAUGUAUGUCGCAGAUUUGGCCAUAAUACUCAAGCUUGCCAGAAACAGUUACCGGAAAACCUCCCUGCAAAUGCUCCGUUCAAGGAGGUGGGCCAGCUUGGAGCGGAUGCACCCAUGAAUAUUCACAAUGAUUGGAAAAUGGUCUCUAACAAACGACACAGCAAGUCUGGGAAAGCAAACUUGGUGGGCCCUUACACCAAUCAUACUGCCAUGAAUGGGCCUUUCAGAUACAAACCACUACUCCAACAGGGUCUGGACAAAGGAAACCUGCGUAGGAGACCAGAGGAAAUCCCCACAUUUUCAAAUUCUCAGGUCCAAGUUGGUGAACCCUCAAUCAACCAUACAGCCAAACAGGUUAAUUGGGAGGACCUGAUGCCUACGGUGGAAGAUGUUACUGAAGAUGAUACCUCUCUUACCCCUCGCACCAAUAAUAAGCCCCAUUUCAGCAAGCCUUACCACCAUCCCGUUCAUGCAGACCCUCUUCAUGACCUCUCAUUCCUCCAAGUCCACAAACCUCAAACUUGCAUGGACAUUAUUCCUUUUAACCCAUUCCAGGAGGACUCUUACUCACGGGGAGUCUUCCCACCUCCAAACAGUGAACUUCCUAGAUCGGGUAGCAAAGAUGACUGUUGGAUCAAUGCUCAACUUCAAACUACCUGGGAAACCAAGUCUGACAAUGACUCCAUUUUGGAGGAACCUGUCCCAUUUGUUUGCCACUCUGAUGGAGGAGAAGGUCUCCUUCACAAGCUCCAAACCGUGAAACACACACUGAAGAAAUGGAACAAAGAGACCUUCGGGAACAUCCAUUCUAAACUUAAGGAAGCUGAAGCAAAAGCUAUCCAAAGCCAAAAAGCUUUUGAGGAUGUUCCAAAUGAUGUAAAUAGAAUUGCUGCUCAAAGGGACAAUGUUGCACUUAUUCUUGCAACCAACAUGGAAGUUGAAUAUUGGAAGCAAAAGGCUCAUAUUAGAUGGCUGGAUAAGGGAGACUCUAACACCAAGCUCUUCCAAGCUUUUGCUAAAGGGAAAAGGAAGAAGCUUCAAAUUUCUCACAUAAUUGAUGGAAAUGGUAAGGGGCUCCAUAACAUGGAUGAGAUCAAGCAAGAAGCCAUCAGACAUUUCCAAAACCAAUUCCAAGCUCCAGAAACCCCCAACCCAAAUCUGGAAAAUAUUCUCCCCUACAUCUUCUCCCUCAUCUCCACUGAAGACAACCUCAUGCUCACUGCCCUUCCAAGCUUGGCUGAAGUAAAGGAAACAGUUUGGGAUUUGGAUCCUAAUAGUGCCAGUAGCCUGGAUGGGUUUAAUGGAACCUUCUUUCGCACUUGCUGGGAUUUAAUCCAACAUGAUGUCCUCACUACCUCUCAGGAAUUCUUUCUUGGCCUCCCAAUCCCCAAAGGGUACGGCAGUACCAUAAUCACUUUGAUUCCUAAAAAAGAAGAUCCUAAACGGCUGGAUGAUUAUAGGCCCAUCUCCCUCUCAACUUUAAUCAGAAAAAUUAAUACUAAACUUCUUGCCAACAGGCUUAAGAAGUUGCUCCCUAAAAUCAACUCACCAGAACAAGGGGCUUUCCAGAAAGGUAAAUCUAUUGACGACCAUAUUCUCCUAGCUCAAAAGGCCAUUCAUGGACUUGAUAGAAAGGUUUUUGGGGGUAAUCUUAUUAUAAAAAUCGAUAUGGCAAAAGCAUUUGACAGUAUGAAUUGGAACUUUCUUGAGGGCAUUCUUAGAGCUUUUGGUUUCUCCCAGGCUGCCAUCAACCUCCUAAUGGCAAACCUACGCAGCACUUUCAUUAGUAUCCUCAUCAAUGGGGAACCCCAAGGUUUCUUUGCCAUGUCAAGAGGAGUAAAACAAGGCAAUCCCCUCUCCCUGUUAGAAUAAGUGACCAACGCUAGAGGGGGGGUGAAUAGCGUUUGAUCGUAGAAAUCGCAGGAAUAAAAAAAUUAAGAACGUGAAAAGUAAAGAGCGUAGAAAGCGUAAAGGGAGCACACCAAGAUUUAUACUGGUUCACCACAACGUGUGGCUAAUCCAGUCUCCCGAGAGACUCUCUCGAGCUACACUACUUCCGUUAAGCUUACGGGUGCUUAACAAACCGUUACAACCUGAGAACUCGAGUCCCACGAGCCUCAACAACCUUGCUCGGAGAUACCGCACUCCAAGACUUCAACCCG